AAAAUGGUGAAGCAAAAAACACACGAAUCUCAGUUAUGAUCGUUGGCCAAGACAGAGGUGGUAAAACGUCUUUAAAAAAGCACCUUUUGGGGCAGUCCUUCGAUUCCGAAGAACUAAGUACCGACGGUAUUGAAGUCAAUGUAGUAGAGCUAACAGAUAAGAACGCAGAGGAUCCCUGGAGGGGAAAAGUAACAAGGUUUUUCAUGAGUGCCGAUGAAGAAGAUGAGCAUGUUUUUAAAUGCACUGCGAAGCUGGUGUCGACGAAUCAAGAGCAACCAGAAAUAAAAGAGAAUGAUGCUACUUCGUUUGAGUCAAAGGAAAUAUUGCCAGAAGAAGCACUCGACAGGAUAAAUGGAUUGGUGGUCAACGAUGAUAACAGCGAAAGUCUAUCCACUACAGUAUUUGUCCAUGACUUUGCCGGCCAAAGUGUCUUUUACGACACGCACUUUUGUUUUUUAAAGAUUCAGUGUCCUUAUCUGUUGGUGGUUGAUAUUAGCUCUCCUCUGGAUGAACCCGCUAAGUCACGGUUCAAGUUUCGUGAUUCUGAGCGUGAUCUGCAUGACCCGUUCUAUGAAACCAACUUAGAUUAUUUGUUGUCCUGGCUAACGGUCUUGGCAAGAUUGAGUGAUGUCAUCUGCAGCGAGAUUCCUUCAGACAGUCACCCAAAGCGUUAUAAACUACCACCCGUCGUGAUUGCUUUGACCAACAGUGAUAAAUGCAAGGCCGCGGGGGAUAUUGCCAAAGUAAAGAAUAGAAUCAUAGAUAUCCUACGCGAGAAGGCGUUUCGGAAUGUAUUCCCGCAAAUUCACGUCAUCGACAACACGUUGUCUGAUAGAAAUAGUGAUGAGAUUCGAAAGCUUCGCCGAACGCUUUACGUCCUGUGUAAGGAGAUCUUGGAACAACAGCCACCGAUGCCAGUUCGAUGGUUACGGUUAGAGGUAGAACUCGGAAAUGAGAUGGUAAAUGAACGUUCGAUGUAUAUCACAUUAGAAAAGUGUCAUGAAGUGGCUCAACUCUGCAACGUGGAUAACGUUGAUUCCGCUCUAGACUUUCUGCAUAACCAGGGUAUAAUCGUCCAUCACAAGGAAUCUCCAGUCGUGGUACUUGACCCUUGUUGGUUGAUGAACCUCUUUACGAAAAUUAUCACGGUACCGGAAGAGCAAAAGAUGAUUCCGAAAGAUGCCCAAUUUUAUAAGCUGCUGGGUGAAGGUAUUUUGAUGCAAGAGUAUCUUCAGAAAAAAGUCGACGGAAUAUUUGAAGACCUGGAGGAUUUGAUGAAGCAAUUUAGUUUGAUUUGUCCGUGGGAUUAUGAAGGAGAGCCAGCCUACAUUGUGCCUUCAGUGGCCCCUUUCUUCAAUGAAGGAAGCGAUGUGCAAAAGCUGCUGUCAGACAGCCCAAUUGUCUCGAUCUUUAUCAAAUUCGAUUUGUCAUACGUUCCACUCGGUUUUUAUACGAGGUUUCAGAUGAGUAUCAUCAGCACGUGCAAAGAGAAGGAAUUGCCAACCUUAACACCUCGACUUUAUUGCAAUUACACGUGUCUUACCUUCGAGUGCUUCGGUGGUAGCGAAGGUUGGUUUGAGGUUUAUCUGAUGAAAAUUCCAGCGAUGAUCAAAGUUGGCGUUGUUCCCAAAGGUGGAUGCCAUGAUCCAACUAACCGCAAGUUUAUGAGAUACCUUAAGCAGGUCCUGGAGGACUGCAUAAAAAGCGUUAUAAAACAGGAGCCUUUGAUUUACAGAAAUGUUACUGCUUCGCUUGUGCUGAAAUGCUGCAGCGGACAAAAAGAAGCUUGUCCACAACAUGGUACGGCGAGAUGUGAUCGCGAUGAAUGUGGGCACUUCUUUUCAGUAGAGAGACUUCAGAAACUUACUAAGGAUCCUCUUUGUCCUCAUGGUACCGUAGGGGCUGAAAGGUUUUCUCUCGCCCUUGUUAGUCAUUGGAUAGAUACAGGUACAACGUUGGUUUUUUUGCUACUCUUGUUUUUAUGA